GAUUCAAGCCAAAACGUACCCAAAACGAACGCGACGCGAUUAGCAAGGAUUACACAAGGAUAACUCACAAAUACACAAACGCACACACACACACACACACACAUACAAACAUAUAAACACAUUAUACGAAAUGCGCUUCAUAUCGUCUCAAGUUGUGCUGGGCUGCGUCAUCGGCGCCGCCUUACUGAUCCUGGCCGAGGCACGUCCUCAGUACGGCUAUGAGCAGCCACAGGUUGGCGACUUAAUUAGUGGCGGCAUUGGCGUUGGAUUGCCAAAUCCUGGUCAGCUGCCGCUGUCAAAUCAUGCCGGUGACAAAUAUCUACCGCCGGCCAGCACCACAUCGGCUCCGAUAAUCAAUAAGAAAUUCUAUUUGGUGUCAGCGCCAGAGGAUCGCGGCAACGAUGGCAAAGUGAAACAUUUGGUGCUCGGCAGACCGCAAAAGAACUAUCGCGUUGUGUUCAUCAAGGCGCCUGCAGGCGAUAAUGGCAAUGUGAAGUAUUCGGCCGAGUUUGCGCCACAGGAGGAGAAGACCGUCAUCUAUGUCCUGAGCAAGAAGGAUAACGAUCUCGAUGCUGGCGAUAUUGCAACACCAGCGCCAACGCAGCCCAGCAAGCCGGAGGUGUUCUUCAUCAAAUACAAGACCGACGAGGAGGCCAACCACGCACAGAAGGAAAUUCAGGGACAAUACGAUAAAUUGGGCGGCACUAACGAGUACCAGGAGGAGAACAAUGCACCAAUCACAUCGGUUAUUGGCAGUCUCGAAGGCCACAAUCCCGAUGGCAGCUACAACUAUCGCCAGACCAGUCGUCCGAGCAUUCAUCCCAGUGCUCAAUAUCUUCCCAGUGCUUUGAGGCUUUAAAGGACACUCAUUUGCUUAACUCCCCCCACCAGCACACGCACGCACACACACACACACACACACA